UGAACCCUCCCCUGCUUGACAAUAUAAGCGUCGACAGAGUUGAUCUAUAAAACCACACCAAACAGAAACCGCCCCCUAAUACAUCAACGAACCAAACCAAAUCAAUCAAACUCAACGACAGAACCGACAAAAUGGGCGAAGCCUACGAGCGCGAACAACAAAACAACGCCCUCCUGAACUCCCUCUCGGGCAAAGUCUCGGCUCUGAAAUCCGUCACCGUUGAUAUCUAUGAUAAUGCGAGGGAUCAGGAGACGUUGGAUCAUUCGGGCCAAGUGUUCUCAUCUCUUGGAACGAGCUUGCAAGGAAGCGCGAGUCGGUUAACUCGCAUGGCGAGACAGGGUGAUACCGUUGCUGUGUUGAAGGUUGCGGGGAUCUGUGUCGGUGUUGGGGUGUUGAUUUGGUUGUUUUUGAGUUGGAUUUUUUAGGCCCUAUCUUUUGGGUGUGUUUGACUUGGCCGUGAAGAGGGGGGGUAUAAGAGAGGGAGGGGGUGAAGAGCGAGUAUCCAUGGAGAGGAGAGAUGAAGAAAGGGGAAGGGGAACGAGAAAGAGGAGGAGGAGGAGGAGGAAGAG